CUCACUCCUGGUUCCUUCUUCCAGUCAAUAAAAGCCGAUAUCUCGCCUUACGUCUCAGUGUGAGUUAUUGAUGGUGCAUCAAUUUUAUUGACUGGAAGUUUUAAAACAUGGAAAUCGUUUUGCGUCCGGAAAGGUUGGAUUUGGACCCUCAAGACCCUGACGCAGCUCUCGCUUUUGAACACUGGCUUGCAUGCUUCCAAUCGUACUUGGAGGAGGUUCGUGCAACUGAACCCGCCGUUAUGCUUACCGGGUACCCCGACGGCGAUUCAACUCUGGCCACUGUAACUCUCGACCAAAGCGCCCCACACCCGCUCGCAAGGUCCAUGAUGGACAUCCUGGUGGAGGGGCACUGGACUAGAUGCCUGUUUGACACGGGUAGCACUGAGAGUUUUAUUCACCCGGACACAGUGCAACGCUGCGGACUUGCAACACGGGCGAGGGAAAUGGACCAGAUAGUGGACCAGUACCAACUGCAGGCCACAUUCCCCUAUCUGGAUAACAUCACCAUCUGUGGUCACGACUCGCCAGAUCACGACGCCAACCUCCAACGAUUUCUCCAAGCGGCCGCUGCUCUGAACCUUACUUAUAACAGGGACAAGUGUGUGUUCGGAACCACCUGCCUCGCUAUCCUCGGGAAGUCUGUUACUGGGACCACCCUACCAGUUUGGCUGACGUCCCCGGGGCCAGUGCUGCUCCGGAAACAUGUGAGGAGCAAUAAAUACUCCCCGCUGGUCGAGAGGGUUCACCUUCUACAUGCGAACCCCCAGUAUGCCUACGUGGUCUUACCUGAUGGGCAGGAGGACACGGUCUCCAUCCGCGACCUGGCACCCGCAGGUGCAGCAGACCACUACCCUGAAGGCUCUCCGGUAACUAUGAACCCUGCACCUGAGGUGACACCGUGCUCACCAGGCCCUACACAGACUCCUCACGGCACUUAUAUACCGGGCGUUUCGUACGCAUUUAUACCAGGCACCUCGCACAUGCGUGAGGGAUCACCAACGCCUAGUGGGCUGGAACAAGCACAACCUCCGUCCCCUGUGCAAUCACCAAUGUCGCCGGCAUCCAUGCGAUCACAGCCGGUGCUACGUAGAUCGCAGCGACAGAUUCGACCACCUGAUAGACUUGACUUGUAAGAAACUUCGCCACAUGGGGACUCUUAAACAAAGGGGGGGUGAAUGUGGUGAACUACGUGUGCAUGUCUGGACAUGCCCUUGCUGACUGUUCCUGUGGUUCCUCCCACAGACCCCUGUAUAAAGGCGAUCUGAAGCCUAUGCUCUCUCUCUCUGUCUCCAGGACGUAGUAUGAUGGUCACUCACUCCUGGUUCCU